AUGGAAGAGUACCUGUAUAAAAACAAAUUACUAGCAAAAGAGCAACAUGGUUUCGUUAGAAAUAAAUCAUGUACCACUAAUCUUUUAGAAAGUAUUAACUAUAUUUCCUCAAACUUAGAUGUUGGUAUUCCAGUUGAUGUAAUUUUGUUAGACUUUGCUAAAGCUUUUGAUACCGUUCCACACAAAAGACUGUUAGUCAGACUGAAUGCAUAUGGCUUUGAUGGUCUGUUACUUAAAUGGAUUGCAGCCUUCUUAGAAAACAGAAGACAAAGAAUUGUUCAAGGUGAUAAUAUUUCUGACUAG